AUGAAAUACAUCCGCUGCAUUUGGCUAGUUUGGCUCGGUUUGAUAAUGUGUGGCAGCGCUUUGGUGCACAUGGUGCCCGCGGAGAAGGGCGGUAAGGCUGGCAGGAAGCUGGAGAAGGGUUGCCAAACUCCGAUGGGUCACCUCAAUGCGGGCGAGGAGAUAAACGAUGACAAGACAUGCGGUAUAUUCGUCUGCCAGGAUGACGACGGCAAUGGCCUCUAUCAAUUCUGUCAAUCACCUGUGAACUUUGCCAAUUGCGAGUUCGAUCUGGUCAAUACAAAAGGUCAAUUUCCCGACUGCUGCUGGGAGUGUGUUACGGGCAUCCCAUGUCCCGAGUCCAAGCCAUCGACACCAAAGACUUUUUACCUGUAAAUGCAGAACUCAUUUGGGUGUCGCGAUUCGAAAA